UGUGGAGGUAAGGAAAAGAGGUUUGAAAGAGAGAAGGGAAGCUAGUAGAACCUUUUUUUUAUUAUUUGCUUUCGAGUGGUUAUAUUUCUAAAUAUUGAAAAAAUAGGACAAAAGUCAUCAAGUCUCAUUUGGUGUCUUGGCCUAGACUGCACUAUUUAUUUAAAUUGGACUAAUAUCUAGUCAUUGAUAAACCAAUAUUGUGUCUUACCCACCUAGAUAAGUGAGAUUCAUAAGAACUAAUUUUGUCUUAAUUUCAAUUUAAUCCAGAUCCAUUUACUAAACUAGCCUCCACUCUCAAUAACUAUGGUCCUUGCCAACUGGCUCUUGAAUUCCUAGCUUUUCAACAUCUUACUACAGCUCCCACCAAAAAGAAAUUAUAAAUUAAUAAAUAAAAACGAUCUCAGCCGCUCCAAGUCGAAGACCAAGAGGAAACAAAAGUAAGUCAAAAUCCUGAUCUUUCUUUUGGCCAAACAUAGCCCAUGCUACUCCAGAAGCUCGACGCACUUCCCAAAACGGCCUCCACCGCUCCUCUCUGUCACCCUAUAACUUAUCUGUAUUAUUUCCUACACAUUUAUAUACAGUUUUAGUGCAAUGGAGAUCCAGAGUUUCUGCCACAGUGCUGAUGAUUUGAAGGGCAUUAUGCGCUGUUUGGUUGAAUCUUUGAUGGUGGAGACUGCUCUUCUUGCUCACAAGUCUCUUCUUUUACUACUUCUGCAGAUUGGGUCUUUGCCUGACGAUCAUGACAUAUUUCAAAACUCAGUGAAAACAUAUCAGAGGUUUCCAAUGUCCGAACUUAAUAAAGUGAAAGAGCCUGAUGCUGAAAACAACGAUGCAGGUGAAACAAAGGAUGAUGAUGACGAUGAUGAUGAUGAUGAGGACAGUGAUGAUGAUGAUGAAGAUGAUGGUGAUGAUUCAGAAGAAGAGAGCGAUGAUGAUGAAGAGGAUUUGGAUGACGAGGUUGAGGUUGAGGCUAAUGGCGAUGGAGAAAGCGAUGACGAUGACGAUGACGAUGGUGAAGAAGAUGACGAUGAUGAGGAUGAUGAUGAUGAAGAGGAUGAUGAUGAUGAAGAGGAUCAUUACCAGCUACCGUUGACAAGAAAGAAGUGAAGUUAAUGGUUCACCAUGUUUUAGGCUGCUUCUUUAGUAACUUGGGGCAGGUUGGAAAUUUUUUAUUGAUUAUUAUGUUAUAUUUGUUAAGAUAAGAGCGUUCAAUUGCUUUUAUGGUGGUAGAAAGUGUCUCUUCUUUUUAUUUAUCAAAUUAUAAUGUGUCCUGUGGCGAUUGUAGUUGUCUGGAGUUUUGUUAUCCAUAUUUACUGGCUCAUGAUCAUGUAUGUUAAAUGAGUGGCCAGCCAGUUGUCUCCGCUGCUAAACUUUGUACCCUAUUCAAAGUGAAACUUAUCUUACCUUAUGCAAGUAUGUAGUUUCUUAUU